UUACAAAUCAUUCUACUAUAAAGACACAUUUACACAUAUGUGUAUGUAUACAUUCAUUAUUGAAUGACAUCUAGUUGCAUACAUUUUUGGCAAUUAUGAAUAAGGCUGCUAUAAAGAUUCAUGUGUAAUUUUUCAUGUAGAUAUAAGUUUUCAAGUCAUUUAGGUAAACAACAAGCAGCACAGUUGCUGGAUUAUGUGAUAAGAGUAUGUUUAAUUUUGCAGGAAAUUGCUGAACUGUCUUCUAGAAUGACUGUACCAUUUUGCAUUCCUGUCAGCAAUCAAUGAGUGUUCCUGUUGCUCCACAUCCUCACCAGCAUUUGAUGUUGUCAGUAUUCUAGAUUUUAGACUAAAUGUAGUGUUUUCAUUUUGCCCUAUUCUAGAUGCUAACUUUUAUUGUGAUUUGGUCCCAUCCUGUGAGUUGUUUUAAAUUGUGUUAUAUAAGAAUUUCUUAGUAUAUGGAGUUUCCUAUGUUUUUGAAUUUCUUUUUAAUUUUAAUUGCAUUAUGAUUAGAGUGUAUUUAUUUUGGUGGUUAUCUGUGGAAAUUUUCAUUCUGAUCUUGUUAAGUGGUGACUUUGUGAGUUUCCAUGUGCUUAAAAAGACUGCAAAUCUCUCAUUGUGGCUGCCCUGGAACUUAGUUUAUAUAAUAAAUAAGUUUCCUCAUGCCUGAACCUGCCCUGGUAUCUUUCCCAAUAUAUCAGAUAUUUAACACUAAGGAUCUGUUUUGUUUUAGAAAGUUAUUUUUAUCUGGACUCAUGAUUACAGUCCUGGUCCUGAACUCCAGACAAUAGAGGGGUAAGCAAAAUGACCUCAGACUGUGCCAGGAAAUGUCAAGUCACCUGCUGUAGGCUACUACUAAUGGAACACGGCCUAUUUACUUGGACACCAAACUAUCCAGUGCUAACAUGAUGUUCUUUCAGGACUAGAUCUCAUGGCCAUACAUCCCUGCCUGCCAGAUUGGACCUGAAAAUUAUUUCCUCAUCUGACUUUCCUCUUUCACCCAUACAGGGCAUCGUUUUGACUCAGGACAAAGUUCAUCUCCAAUCUUAUCCACACUAUUUCUAUCUUUACUUUCUUGAUAAGAGAUAGACAUUUAUGUCCUGCCUAUAAAUGCAAUGGUUCAAAGUCUAGAGUCCCUAUACUUCUGGCACAUUACAGCCGUGUCUCGAUGGGGGAGAAUCUCAGAACAGUGCAGUUUGCCCUCCGCUCAUGCAGAGCCUCUCCAUGGCUUCCGUACCUUGAGCAUUAGGCCAGUUCUCCUCUUCUCUCUAAUCCAUCCGUCACCUCUCCUGUCAUCUGUUUCCAUGCUGUGAGGUCCAUUCACAGAACACAUCCAUGGCUCUCAUGCUCAGUUUGGUUCUGAGUCUCCUGAAGCUGGGAUCAGGUAAGGUUGAUCUUUAUUUCCUCCUUAUUAACUAGUAGUUUGAGUUCUUUAGCUACGAUGAUUGCAGCAUAAUGGAAUGAAGCCAUCUCUGUUGUUUCUAUUCCUUUGGCUUCUAGCCUCAGCCUGGGGAAGGAUCGGGCACUGUGGAAACAAUUAUAGUAGCCCCCAUAAUGGAAACACAGGUGCUGAAGAGGUACUAUGAUCGUAGACGGGGACACAGCCAACGUGUUAAGGUGAAUAAAUUCCGUGUUUGUCCCAGAUGGGCUAAGUGGUGUAGGCAGGGUUAUUAGAGUACCAAGGUUGCUGACAUAGAUGUCCAGCUGGGAAGAGACACAGUUAGGAUUUUUGGGGAAAAGACAAUGUAUCCAGCUAAAGACAUGCUGAGUUAGAAAUGUCUGUGGUACGAGACACGAGGGUGGAGGAAGGUGUACAGGUCUUGAGGUGGGAAAUUAGCUGAAACCUGGCAUAUUCUGGGAAGAAAUCCACUCUUCUUUCUCCUUCCACUUAUUGUUAACACGGAGCCUAGUAUAUAGGAUGCUGAGUAAUUGAAUAAAAUUCACAGAGGAAGCUUGAGGUUGGAGUAGAAUGCUGUUGGCUAGAUGGUCAGUACCCAGCCAUAGAAGAUUCAGUUGACUGUGUUCACUUUCUGUCUGUGAAGGUUCAUCCUGCCACCUGUCCACCUAUAUCUUUUUUGCUAAAUGAAGCUAAGAAAACAGAAAUAAGGGCAAUCAGAACAUAGAGUAUAUUUCCUUAAAACAAAAACCCAUAUGUAUUACUAACAGGAGACUCUCUCAUUUCAGUUUGUUUUCAUUUAUUUUCUGAUGAGCUUCUUUGUGUCCCUUCUGUUUCUGGGUGAGGCAGCAGGGCAUCCUGGAAAUGAUCUUGGAGACAGAAACAUUUUAUUUUUUAAAACUCUUAUUUCAUCUGCUUGCGAGCUUUAUGGUUUGCAGCUUCCUUAGGUAUCAGUUUGCUUAUGAUGACAUGAAGAUACGUUCACAGUCCUGAUGGGGCUGUGGCGAGGACUGCAUGAGCUUGUGCAUGUGGACUGCACACAGCUGCACUGCUGCAUGGCAUGUUGCAACAACAGCCAGUCUUGUUCCUUUCUUAUUUUCAGGGGAAAGAAGUGGAAGGAGUGAAAGGAGAUGUUAUAGGCAAGAGAGAUGACAGCAGCAAAGGCUGGCCAGAGAAACAGAGGUACCCUGGUAAAUGUUUCCUUGCCUUGAGAGCCCCACACAGCCCUGAAGGCAGCAUCCAUAGCAGCCCAGCUGGCACAGGCUGGGUCCCAAAACCUGACCUAAGACGAGAGCCUUCCUACCAGUGAUUGUUGAGCAGGUGACUCUGCAAAACAAAGUGAGGGAGUGCAGAGAGUGAAGCCAGGUGGGGGGAAGCCAUAGAGGGUGCACUAAUGAGCAGGUUGCUGCGGUGGCAACUGGGACCCAGUCCCACUGGGACCUUUGGAGGAACCUUAUAGAUGGCGGCUCAGAGUCAUUCCAACAUCUACUGUCUCCUUUCCCCACUGGGUGAGAUGUGCCCUGGGACUGUUAAAAUCUCAAACCUUCUGAGUUGCCUUGUGCCAGAGUUAAGUAGGUUCCAAAGGUUGCAGGAAGCCCUCAGCAGAGAGGCAGAGGCCAGGCUCCAGGGAUGAAGCUGUCAGCAGACAGGCAAGUGCCCAUCCCAUUCCAGGGGGACUCAGGGUUGGGUGGUGAGGAGCAGGGCCUUAACAUCUGCUACACCAGGUCAGCAGCUAGUCAGACAUCAGGCUGCAAAGUCACACCUCACUUAAAUAAUACUCUUAAAGAUGCAUGAGUGAAAUACAUUUCAGCAAGAUUUAUAAAAUGUAAUUAAACUAAAAAAAUUAGUGCCAGAAUUAAAAAUAUCCACUUAUCUAGAAAUUCACACAUGUAAUUUACCUUGCCUCUGAUGCACAUGCAGACACCACACACAGGUAGAUCCAGAUACCAUAAGUGGAUACAUGUGAAUGAAUCAAGAGACACUGCCAAUCAAAGGGGUGGGUACUUAGUAGGUGAAGGGAGCGGGCCUCCAUAGUUUGUGGUCUCUAAGAAGCAAUGUAAUCCUUACAGGGUAGUAAGAGUGAUUUACACCAGGAAAAUUAUUCAAAUGAUUGUUAAACAGAUGAGCAAGUAUGAAAGGAAAUGGGGUUCGCCGUUCACAUGAGUAAGUUGUUUGUGGAGCCUGUUCUGUGUGACGGGCUCUCUGCUGAACAAGUGGGUACUAUGCUGAGCAAGAAAAUCAGGCCCUGUCCCCACAGAGCCAAGAGCUGUGCAGGGGGGCACACAGAAAACAUGUAAUUAUCACACUUGAAGCAAGACAAUGAAAGAAGUUUCAAAAGUGAGGUGAGGACAUAGGUGUACUAAGAAUUUUUUUUACAAAAAUGAAGGCAAGACAUGUUGACUAAGCACUAGAUGAAGCACCAUUCAGUGCUAAAGUAAAGUGGAAAAAAUUACUACACAAGUGCAAAAGGUACGUGCUACGGAAAAUGUAAGUCACACAUGAAUGUACCAAAGAACAAAUUUACAGAAAAUAAAUGGCAAAAUCUUGUUUCAGUGUCACAGCAUGUCUUUCAGAACUUGGCAGAACAAGUAGAUUUCCAAAAAAACUAAGGAAGUACAAAUAAUUGUGUGCGCCAUGGGCAGAAAUGAAAUAUUCCAUAGUAGCCAUAAAACAUUGGUGUAAUAUUGUGUUUGAAGGAAACCUUAACAAAUUGCCCCAAAUUGGAGACUUUAUGGCCCACACUCUUCUCUAGGUCAAUAGAAAGACGUCGACUUUGGUUUUUAGCAAGGAAGAUGGAAAAGGGGAUGUUUGGGUUUUUUUUUGUUUUGUUUUGUUUUUUUAAUUGAAGCAAAUGGGCAGAUGGGAGAUUAUGUGACAAUAGAAUCUCCUGGAAUCAAAGGUUCUACUUUCAGAAGGAGACUUUUUCCUCUGGAUAACAUGGUUUUCUCAUCUUGAAAAUAAAAACGUUAAUAAUUCACAUUUCUGCAGGCGUUCCUGAAGACCGAAUGAGGUACCUGACGUGGACACGGUUUGUCAAAUGGCAGUGGCAGGUGUUUGGGCCAAACAAGGUUGUCCAGGCUUUGGUGGGGGAGGACGCUGUGUUCUCCUGUUUCCUGUCUCCUAAGACCAACGCAGAGGCCAUGGAAGUGCGGUUCUUCAGGGGCCAGCGCUUUAGCGUGGUCCACCUCUACAGGGACGGGAAGGACCAGCCAUUUAUGCAGAUGCCACGGUAUCAAGGCAGGACAGAAUUGGUGAAGGAUUCUAUUGCAGAGGGGCGCCUCUCUCUGAGGCUGGAAAACAUUACUGCGUUGGAUGCCGGCCUCUACGGGUGCUGGAUUGGCUCCCAGUCUUCCUACUACCAGGAGGCCACCUGGGAGCUGCAGGUGUCAGCACUGGGCUCAGUUCCUCUCAUUUCCAUCGUGGGAUAUGUUGACAGAGGCAUCCAGCUACUCUGUCAGUCCUCGGGCUGGUUCCCCCGGCCCAUAGCGAAGUGGAAAGGUCCACAAGGACAGGAUUUGUCUGCAGACUCCAGGACAAACACGAACAUGCAUGGCCUGUUUGAUGUGGAGAUCUCCCUGACCGUCCAAGAGAACGCUGGGAGCAUAUCCUGUUCCAUGCAGCAUGCUCAUCUGAGCCAAGAGGUGGAAUCCAGGGUACAGAUAGGAGAUACCUUUUUCCAGCCUGUAUCAUGGCACCUGGCUACCAAAGUACUGGGAGUACUCUGCUGUGGCCUAUUUUUGGGCAUUGUUGGACUGAAGAUUUUCUUCUCCAAAUUCCAGGGGAAAAUCCAGGCAGAAUUGGACUGGAGAAGACAGCACAGACAGGCAGAAUUGAGAGAUGCCCGGAAAUACGCAGUGGAGGUGACGCUGGACCCAGAGACGGCUCACCCACAGCUCUGCGUUUCUGAUCUGAAAACUGUAACCCAUAGAAAAGCUCCCCAGGAUAUGCCUCGCUCUGAGAAGAGAUUUAUAAGGAAGAGUGUGGUGGCUUCUCAGAAUUUCCAAGCAGGGAGACAUUACUGGGAGGUGGACGUGGGACACAAUCAAAGGUGGUACGUGGGAGUGUGCCGGGAUGACGUGAACAGGAGGAAGAAGAAUGUGACUUUGUCUCCCAAUCAUGGGUACUGGGUCCUCGGACUGAAUGCAGAAAAUUUGUAUUUCACGUCAAAUCCCCAUUUUAUCAGCCUCUUCCCCAGGACCCCUCCGACACAAAUAGGGGUCUUCCUGGACUAUGAGUGCGGCACUGUCUCCUUCUUCAACAUAAAUGACCAGUCCCUCAUUUAUACCCUGACAUGUCGGUUUGAAGGUUUAUUGAGGCCCUACAUUGAGUAUCCCUCCCAUAAUGAGCAAAAUGGGACUCCCAUAGUCAUCUGCCCAGUCACCCAGGAAUCGGAGAGAAAGGUCUCUUGGCAAAGCGCCUCUGCAAUCCCAGAGACAAGCAACAGCGAGUUCUCCUCCCAGGCAACCACGCCCUUCCUCCCCGGGAGUGAUGCGUAGGACGAAUCAUACCUCACAUUCUUCUUUAGGAUACUAAGGUUUCUCUCCCAGACCCGAGGUCCCACAGCGGCCAGCCAAGGUGGCUCCCAGAUGAAGGGGGACUGGCCUGUCCAUAUGGGAGCCAGGGGUCAUGGCUGCCCUGAGUGGGGAGGGAAGAAGGCUGACAUUAGAUUUAGUUUGCUCUCACUCCAUCCAGCUAAGUGAUCUUGAAAUAGUCACCACCUCUCAGGUGAGGAACAAUCAGGAAUUCCCAUCUCACAGGCUGUGGUGCAGAUUAAGUAGACAAUGAAUGUGAAUCAUGCUUAGAUCUUGUUGAUGACAGACUGUAUCCUAAUGGCUUGUUGAUUAUAUUACACUUUCAAUAA